AUGGCGCAUCCGAUGUCCCUCCGCGACCGACAGGUCGCGUCAAUUCAAAAGCUGCUGAAUUUGAACCAUGAUCCGCAUUCCACAGGCGAGGGUGCUCAUGAGUCGUCCGCCCACGGCGGCCUUAUCUCCCAGUCCACCCCGAUCUUAAACGAGGAUGGCGAUCCGAUCUGGAAGGUCCUGGUAUUCGAUGGCAUGGGCCGGGAUGUCAUCAGCAGUGUGCUGCGCGUCAAUGACCUCCGUGCGUGGGGGAUCACCAUUCAUCUAAACAUCCAUUCUCAACGAUAUCCCAUUCCCGAUGUUCCAGUCGUCUACCUUGUCGAGCCAAACGAAGCCAACAUUCAAGCCAUCACACGCGACCUCUCCCAAGGCCUCUACUCCCCAGCCUAUGUAAACUUCCUCUCCUCCGUCCCCCGGCCCCUCCUCGAGGACUUCGCUUCGCAGAUAGCCACUUCCGGUGCGUCAGAGCACAUCGCCCAAGUCUUUGAUCAAUAUCUCAACUUCAUUGUGGCGGAACCGGAUCUCUUCAGCUUGGGACUCGGAAAUGAUGCAUACUACAAGAUCAACAGUGGGAAGACCAGUGACGAGGACUUGGAUGCUAUCGUCGAUAAGGUCGUUAGUGGCCUGUUCAGCGUGAGCGUAACAAUGGGCACUAUUCCCAUCAUCCGAUGCCCCAAGGGUGGAGCGGCCGAAUUAAUCGCUACCAAACUAGACCGGAAACUCCGUGACCACAUUCUCAACUCCAAAGACAACCUCUUCUCGGGCAAUCAAAGAGCCUUACCUGGCGUACCCUCAUCUCGCCCUGUGUUGAUCAUUAUGGACCGUAAUGUGGACUUGGUCCCCAUGCUUUCUCACUCUUGGACGUACCAGUCGCUCGUGCAGGACGUACUUCAGAUGCGCCUGAAUCGAAUCACCUUGGAUGCGGACGAGCAGGGCUCGGGCAAUGUUGCGAAGAAGUCGUACGACCUGAACAGCAACGACUUCUUCUGGCAGCGGAACGCUGGGGCACCCUUCCCACAGGUCGCCGAAGAUAUUGAUGCUGAGUUGACACGGUACAAAGAGGAUGCGAACGACAUUACGAAGAAGACUGGUGCUUCUUCUAUUGAAGAUCUCCAGAACGAUACUAGCGCCUCUGCGCAGCACCUUAAGGCAGCCAUCACACUUCUCCCCGAAUUGCGGGAGCGUAAAGCUGUUCUUGACAUGCACAUGAACAUCGCAACUGCCCUGCUGAAGGGUAUCAAGGACCGCCAGCUGGACAACUUCUUCGAGCUGGAAGAAAACAUAACCAAGCAGUCAAAGACGCAGCUUUUGGAGCUGAUCAAUGAUCCGGCCAAGGGUAGCAACCCGCAGGAUAAAAUGCGCAUUUUCAUCAUCUGGUUCCUCAGCACGGAAACCGAGCUGAACCGCUCAGAAAUGAGCCAGUUCGAGGAGGCCCUGACCAAGGCGGGUGUGACGGACGUCACCCCGCUUGCCUAUGUCCGACAGGUCCGUGAAAUUACCCGGAUGACCAUGAUGACAACCGCCGCCCCAGAGCAACAGUCCUCGGACCUUUUCCGCGGUUUCUCCUCGCUUUCUAACCGUCUCACCGAUCGCAUUACCUCGGGUGCCCUGGGUGCCAACUUCGAUUCGCUCAUCUCUGGCGUGAAGAACUUCCUACCCGCGAAUAAGGAUCUGACCGUGACCAAGAUCACUGAGUCUAUAAUGGACCCGGCUGCAGCAUCCAGCUCCGCCAUCGCCAAGACAGAGAACUACCUCUACUUCGACCCGCGCAGUGCCAACGCACGUGGUGCCAUGCCCCCUGCCUCCGCAUCGCGAACCACGCAGAUGCCCGGUGGAAUGGCCGGCGCGGGUCCCGGCAUAAAUGCUACCUUCGGCCAGCGUCGUCAGGCCUUCAACGAGGCCAUCGUCUUUACUGUCGGCGGUGGAAGCAUGGAUGAGUACGGUAACCUGCAGGACUGGGUGCACCGGACCAGUGGCCAGCUUGGCGCUGAUGGCGCGCCGCCCGCUAACCGCACUAUUGGCCGCCGCCGGGUCGUCUACGGCAGCACGGACUUGAUGAAUGCGACUGAGUUCCUGACAGAUUCGCUGGCACCUUUGGGUCGGGAGAGUUGA